CAUGUUAAAAAGAAUUUCAGCAAAACCUUGUACAAACUUCAAGCAACAAAUAAGAAACUGACAACUACCAUCAUCAGAUAUAUAGUUAAAUGUUUUAACUAUGUAAUUGCACAAAACAGUGGAAAUACUGAAGGAAUAAAGAAAGGUCUUGAUUCACUGUCCAGACAUCCAUUUGGUGACCACAGCCUAUGUGAUAAAUCCUGGUGUCGAUUCAUAUCAAAUCCAAAGGAGGUUUACAGAUCUCUUCCUCAUGGCAAACCUAUCACUGACCCCCAACUCCAGCAAACUUUGACCGAAGUAUUUAACACCUGUAUUCAUCAUGCUGAGAAACUUUCAUCACUUGGAAGCACCCAGGCUAAUGAAAGUUUUAACAGAAUUGUUGGUUCAAAGGCUCCAAAAUCACAACACUAUAGUGGUUCAGCUAGUUUGAACUACAGGGUAGCUGGGGGAGUUCUGCAAAAGAAUUCUGGACACACUUACCUAUCAAUGGUUCACAGAAAAAUUGGAUUAUCUCCUGGUACACACACCUUGAAGCUGGGAAUUCUCAAAGAUUUACAAAAUCGGCGCAGGAGAGCAAUUGCAACAACAAAAAAAGCAAAGAAAAAAAGACUUGCAUUAAAAGCAAAAAGAAUGCAGGCAAACACAACAAAUGAAAUCAGGGAAGGCACGUCAUACCAUCCCGCCAUAGAUACCCUGGACAUAUCAGCUGAUUCCAUUAAAGAAAUUCCUGAGCCUCAACCAUCACCUACAAUGGAGACUUCACCUCUACCAAAGAAAUGUUCAGCAGUUUACUUUGACCUUGAGAGUACAGGGCUAGCUAGGACUUCUCACCUCACUCAAAUUGCAGCAGUAUUUGGAGAGGAAAGUUUUGACACCUAUGUGAUACCACGUAUCCAAAUAUCGCCUACAGCAUCUACAGUUACUGGGCUCACAUGCAUAAACAGGACACUUUUUUAUAAAGGCCACCCUGUUAAUUCUGUUUCAAUUUCAGUAGCCAUACAACAUUUCAUCACAUAUUUGAAGAAACAAACACCACCCGUGUUCCUUGUUGGACACAAUAUUAAAAUUUUUGAUUGUCCACUGCUUUUGAAUGCAUUGGAGACUGUUGGUAAAACAGACGAAUUUCUAGAAUGUGUGUCAGGAUUUCUUGAUACUAAAUUACUGUUCAAGAUUGGGAUGCCUGGCCUUUCUUCAUAUUCACAACCAAAUCUGUUCAAACUAAUAACCAAAUCUAACUACGAAGCUCAUGAUGCUGUACAAGAUGUUAUUUCUUUACAAAAGCUGGUGCGUGAGAGUAAAUUAGAAAUAUCUGAUGAGAGUUAUGCAAAUGCCACAUUUUCGGUUGAUUCAGCAAAAGAGAGUCAUGGAUAUGCAAAGAGAGUACGAGUGAACCUACCUUCUUUGAAAGGUUUGGUAGGGAGAAAGAUUUCAAGCGGAGCUAUGGCUAGGAAAGCUGCAGGCAGUGGACUAAACUAUAGUUGUUUGAAAUUAGCAUACACAAGGAAUGGAGUGGAUGCUGUCAUGCCACCAUCCAGGAAAAGGAAGUCUUAUAGUCCAUAUGCACGGGCAGCGUCAGGGGGUUUACACGACACGUCAGAGCAGCCAGGUAACUCGAUGCCUGAUCUUGAGGUCCAGGAGCCUGAGGCGCCCCAAGGACUGGAUCUCUAG